AUGCCUGACGAGGAUCGAUCACUUACUGACGAAGAAAAGAAAGCCCGUAAAAAGGCUGAUCGUGAACGUAAACGUCAAGAAGCUCGUGAUGCAGCUGAAAAGAAGAAACGCUUCGGUUUAACACCUGAAAAGAAGCGUAAACUUCGUCUUUUAAUUAUGAAAAUGGCCACAGAAAAUCUUAAAGGUGAACAACAACGUCGUUUAGAAGCACGUAAAAAUUAUAUUGAACAACAUUUAAAACCACUUGAUAAUCUUAGUUCAAUGAGUGAUGCUCAACUUAAAUCACUUUGUCAAGAACUUCAUAGUCAAUUAAAAUCACAUGAAGAAAGUCGUUAUGAUCUUGAAUUUAAAAUUCGUAAACAGGAUUAUGAUGUCAAUGAAUUAACAAUUAAAAUUAAUGAUAUCAAAGGUAAAUUCGUUAAACCAUCGCUUAAGAAAGUCUCAAAAACUGAACAAAAGUUGAACAAGAUAAAAAAAACCAAAAGAGGAUGA